GAAGAAACGCUGCUCCAGAAGUAGCAAUGUUCAGGGCAGUAGCAGCAGCACCCAGAACAACAGGAGCACCAUGGGCUGUGCCAGGUCUUUUGCUAGCGAGAUGUGUAUGUUCCUUUUUCUCUUUAAAUUACUAAUCUCUUGUUAUUGAUUGGUCUCACUAACUUAUACCACAUCUUCUGUUUAAUCAAACACUGUUUGUUAGCCCCAGUCUGUUAUCAAUUACAAUUGUCUUGCUCACACUAGAAACAUGCAUGUUGAAUCAAUUCCUAUGAGAUGGCACAGAGGUGAUAACUAUGCCUAUUUACUAAUCGAUGACGAGACCUUGGAUUCAUGGCUAAUUGAUCCUGCUGAACCCAAGGAUGUUAUAAACUAUUUGCAAUUGAAAAAAGACGACAGAUCAGUCAGAUCAAUCAAUUCUGCGCCUGCUGCUUUUAAUCUCCCAGCCAACUAUAAUCUAUCGUCCAAUUUGAAAGCGAUAGUUAAUACCCAUCAUCACUAUGAUCAUGCUGGUGGAAAUCCUUUUUUUAGCAAACUAUUCCCAAAUUUACCAAUUAUAGCAGGAAAGGACUCGAAUUUAGUCUCGUUGGUUCCCAGUGAUAAUCAAGUUUUCAAACUAGGCAACAAUAUCGAAAUCACAGCCAUUCAUACCCCAUGCCAUACAGUGGAUUCAAUCUGUUAUUUUGCGACUGAUUUGAAGACAAGGAAAAAAGUUGCUUUCACUGGCGACACUUUGUUCACUGCAGGCUGUGGAAGAUUCUUUGAAGGCAAUGGUGAAGAUAUGGACAAUUCAUUGAAUGUCAAGUUGAAAACUGCGUUGCCAAAGGACACAAUUAUUUAUCCAGGCCAUGAAUACACCAAAGACAAUAUCAAGUUUGCCAAAUCUGUUUUGAAAAACAAUUUGUUAUUAUCUUUUGUGGAAAGCCAAAUCAAGGACAAAGAGUAUACUACUGGUUUAUUCACAAUCGAGGACGAAAUCAAUUUCAAUCCCUUUAUGAGAAUUGAAGAUGAAGAGGUCUUAAUUGCAACUAAUUCUGCUAUAAAUUCGUCUCAAGACCGAUUUAAAAUCAUGGAUAAAUUGAGAGAAAUGAAAAAUAAUUUUAAAUCAUGAUUAUUUCAAAUUAGGCACCACAUAUCUAUAUAGUAUAUAUUUAUUUAUUUAUUUAUUUUUAUAUAUUUUAUUUUUUUUAAACAAACCAUUAAAAAUUUAAAACUAAAAUCAAAAUCAAAAUCAAAAUCAAAAUCAAAAUCAAAAUCAAAAUCAAAAUCAAAAUCAA